AUGAUUCCCAUACUCGGUGCUUUGGUCAUUGGGUUUGGUGGUAUUGCUGGCUACCUCCUCGUCCUCUCAAUCUACCGCAUCUACUUCCACCCACUCUCCGCAUACCCCGGUCCUCUCCUCGCAAAACUCACAGAUUGGUAUUCCGUCUAUCAUGCUUACCACGGCGAUCGCCAUCUCGAAUUCCACCGCUGCCAUGAACUUUACGGUUCGAUCUUCCGCUUCGGUCCAAACUCGCUCUCCAUAAACACCAACACGGCGUUGAAAACCAUCUACGGCCACAAGAGCAAUGUCCAGAAAUCGCAAUUUUACUCUGUGUUUCCGCCGACGAAAGAUACGUUCAACACGCAUUCUUCGAUCAAUAAAUCGCAACAUGCGCGCAAACGACGGGUGUUGUCCCAUGCGUUCUCCGAUUCGGCGAUUAAGAGUAUGGAGAAGUAUAUUCUAGGGAACGUGCGCACAUUUACGACGAGAUUGGGCGAGAGAGUUGGGGAUAAGGGAUGGAGUGUUCCGCAGAAUAUGGCGGAUUGGGCGAAUUAUCUGACGUUUGAUGUGAUGGGAGAUUUGUGUUUUGGAAAGGCAUUUGAGAUGUUGGAGAGAGAGGAUAAUCGACAUGUGAUUGAUUUGAUUGGGAACGCGGCGCAUAUGCAUUUGAUUCUUGGUACGAAUCCUACCAUCAAGACACUCGGGUUGAACAAAGUUCUCUUCAGCAAGAUCUACAACAUGCGAAUGCAGUACAUGGCAUACUCCAAAGCCCAAGCCGCCGAACGUCAAAAAGUCGGACUCGACACAGACCGCAAAGACUUCUUCUACUACCUCCUCAACGCCCGCGAUCCAGAAACCGGCCAAGGCUUCACAGGCCCAGAGUUAUGGGGUGAAAGCAACCUUCUCAUUAUCGCCGGCAGCGACACCACUUCCACAGCCCUCGCCAGCGCCUUCUUCUACCUCGUUCACAACCCCUCUACCCUCGCCAAUCUCACCAAAGAAAUCCGCACCAAAUUCGACGACGUAGAACAGAUCCACACCAGCCCAGAGUUGAACUCCUGCCACUACCUCCGUGCUGUUAUAGACGAAAGCAUGCGUCUCUCUCCACCCGUCGGCGGUAUCCUCCCUCGUGAAGUCCUUGCCGGUGGUCUCGAAAUCGACGGCCAUCACAUCCCAGCUGGGACUGUAGUAGGCGUUCCACACUACGCCAUUCAUCACAAUCCUUCCUACUACCCCGAUCCAUUCACAUUCAACCCCGAUCGCUGGAUCGCCGAGUCGCCAGCAGAGACCAAAGAUACUGUCGCACUCGCACAAUCUGCGUUUUGUCCAUUCAGCGUAGGUCCACGAGGAUGUAUUGGUAAGGGUCUGGCGUAUGCGGAGUUGAUGACUAGUCUGGCGAGAACGAUGUGGUUGUAUGAUUUCAAGCUCGCGGAGGGGACGAGUGUUGGUGAGGGGAGACAAGGGUUGGAGUGGGGAAGGGAGAGAAAGGGAGAAUAUCAGUUGAAGGAUUGUUUUACUAGUAUGAAGAAAGGUCCGCUUGUGCAGUUUCGGGCGAGGAAGUGA